AGCCGCGCUCUUCGCCAGUUGAUACUGUUCCACAGCAUUUUACAAUCAGCUAGUCAAGCAGUCGGUAGCCGCGAAGUACCGUGGUGAACUCGACGAUUCCAACGCGACUAUCUCUAUAUACUUGACACGCGAGUGAAUUUACAACUUGGUCCGUCGACCAUUACUGCGUUGCGACAAUUUCUCGCGUGUGCAUCAUUUAUUUUUCGUGUUCUCAUCACAACUGACUGAAGAGCUCUAUCUUUUUCUACUUACAAUUAAAGAUUGUGUCACCGGAAUACAAAUGACCGGAGGCGGGACUAACAUGGCGUAUCACGGCCUCAGUCAACAUGUCAAUUUCGAUGUGAUACCGGAUCCAGGCGAGCGUUUUCAAUUGGAAGAAUUGAUCGGCGAGGGUACAUAUGGCGAAGUGUACGCAGCAUAUGAUAAAGAAACUGGCAACAAAGUAGCCAUCAAAAUAAUGGAGAAUGUCGCUGAUAAUAUCGAGGAGAUUGAAGAGGAAUAUUUGGUGCUGAGAGAUUUAAGUCAACACCCAAAUAUUCCUCUCUUUUAUGGUUUAUUUCUAAAGCGAGCAAAGCCUGGUCAGGAAGAGGAUCAAUUAUGGUUUGUGAUGGAGUUGUGCACUGGAGGCUCCGUGACCGAUCUCGUGCAGGGUCUUAAAAAACGUGGCAGUCGCCUAACGGAUGACCAAAUAGCUUAUAUCUUGAAGGAGACUGUCGAAGCUCUGAUCUUUCUGCACAGUAAUCACUGUAUGCAUCGCGACGUGAAAGGUCAUAAUAUCCUUCUCACGGAAGAAGCGCGUGUCAAAUUGGUCGAUUUCGGCGUAUCCUCGCAUUUGGUCGCCACUCUCGCCAGGAAGAACACAUCUGUCGGAACACCAUAUUGGAUGGCACCAGAGGUAAUAGCUUGCGAGCAACAAUUGGACUCCUCGUACGAUUCGCGCUGCGAUGUCUGGUCGAUCGGCAUUACCGCUAUCGAGUUAGCCGAGGGUGAUCCUCCCCUGUCGGAAUUGCAUCCCAUGCGAGCACUUUUUCAAAUUCCAAGAAAUCCUCCCCCUUCCUUGAAGAAUCCGGAUAUGUAUUCGUCGGAACUGACAGAUUUCAUAGCCGAAUGCUUGGUGAAGGAUUUGGAGCAUCGGCCGUUCGCCGGCGAAUUGAGAGAGCAUCCAUUAUUGACAAAGGUGGAACCAAUCGUCGAGAAAAUCAGAGAGCGACUGAGAGAGGAGAUUUGUAGACAGAGAGCGGAAGGUCGCGUUCACCGGCAACCGGAAGUGACUACGAAACAUGGCAAAUUGAAGACGGACCGCAAGACGAGACCAGAGAAAAUGUACAUGGAUGAUCUGGCAGCUCUCGAUAUGCUAUCGGAAGAGGCUAUUGUCGAUCAAUUGCAGCACCGAUAUGAGCAAGCGCAGAUAUACACAUAUAUCGGAGAUAUAUUGGUUGCCGUUAAUCCUUUUACCAAUCUAGGUUUAUACACCGGUAUCGAACAAAAACGGUACAAGGGACAAGCGAGAUCGGAUAACCCCCCGCAUAUAUUUGCGGUUGCCGAUGCCGCGUAUCAAGCUCUAUUACAUCAACGUCAAAACCAAGCGAUAGUCAUCAGCGGCGAAUCAGGUGCCGGAAAGACGGAAAGCGCAAAUUUACUACUGAAACAACUUGUCUAUCUCAGCAAGGCGCCGAAUCGUAACCUAGAGGAGAGAAUACUUCAAAUAAAUCCUAUAAUGGAAGCUUUCGGAAACGCCACGACCGGAAUCAACGCGAACUCCUCCAGAUUCGGAAAGUACUUGGAUCUAACGAUGACAAAAGGCGGAAAAGUGACCGGUGCGCGAAUCUCGGUAUAUCUAUUGGAACAAUCACGAGUGAUUGCUCAAGCCGAAGGUGAACGAAACUUUCACAUUUUCUAUUAUAUGUACGAUGGCCUGGAGGCAGACGACCGCCUCUCGGAAUAUUAUCUCGACCCUACGCUUCGGAGAUAUCAUCGAUAUCUCACGCAUUAUAGUCACACGUCGCAGACGCACAUUGACAAGUUCCAGCAGCUCAAAAUGGGUUUCAAGGUACUCGGAUUUCAGGACAGCGAGGUAGACACGGUGUAUCGGGUUUUAGCCGCUAUCCUCCAUUUGGGUGACAUUGAAUUCGCCGAAGUAGCAACACAAGACAACACCGACAAUAAAAGCAGAGUCAUCGAUACCAUUCCAUUACGUAGAGUUUCGAAACUACUCGGCGUCGAACAGAACGAUCUCCUAGAGGCCCUGACAUCAAACUCAGUGAUGACUAGAGGCGAGACAAUUACGCGGAACAAUACGGUAGCCGAAGCUCGUGCGGCUCGUGAUGCAAUGGCCAAAGGUCUCUAUGGUCGGCUCUUCGAUUGGAUGGUCAACCAGAUCAAUUGUUUGCUGUGCUUCAGCCGCUCACCGAAUUACGAGCCGCUGGCAAUCGGGCUGCUCGACAUCUUCGGCUUCGAGAACUUUCCCAGAAACUCGUUCGAACAACUCUGCAUCAACAUAGCUAACGAGCAGAUACAGUACUACUUCAACCAGCACAUCUUCACUUGGGAGCAACAGGAAUAUAUGGCCGAGGGAAUACCCGUGGAUCUCGUCGAAUUUUCCGACAAUAGGCCGGUUCUCGAUAUGUUACUAAGCAAGCCCAUGGGACUCCUGGCGCUCCUCGACGAAGAAAGUCGAUUUCCCAGAGCGACCAAUCGAUCUCUGAUCGAGAAAUUCCACAACAAUAUUAAAUCAAAAUUCUACGUACGCCCAAAAUCGGAUGCAGUCUGUUUCGCGAUAUAUCAUUUUGCUGGUCGUGUUGUCUAUCAAGCUGAAGGAUUUCUUGAGAAGAACAGAAACUUUCUGCCACCCGAAGUUAUUCAACUGGUACGACAGUCGCAAUACGAUAUGGUUCGUUUCCUGUUCCAAUGCCCGAUCACAAAAACCGGUAAUUUAUACUCGGCAUUACAAGAAAAUGAUUCGAGAAAAUCACAAUCAAACCAAAACACAAAGGAACGUUAUUCUAGUCGAGGUUUAGCAUCACAAUCGAGAGUUCAGCAGACAGUAGCGACAUAUUUCCGGUAUUCUCUGAUGGAUCUAUUACAAAAAAUGGUGUCCGGUUCACCUCAGUUCGUUCGAUGUAUAAAACCAAAUGACUCAAGAAGUUCACGUUUUUUCGACAAAGACAAAGUUGUAAAGCAGUUGAGGUAUACCGGUGUCCUCGAAACGAUACGUAUAAGACAAAAUGGAUUUUCUCAUAGAAUACCGUUCAACGAAUUUCUGAAAAGAUAUUGCUUCCUUGCUUUUGGCUACGACGAACGUGUAAUUGCCAAUCGGGAUAAUUGUCGGCUUCUUUUAUUACGGUUAAAAAUGGAUGGAUGGGCGUUAGGCAAGACAAAAGUUUUCCUGAAGUACUAUCACGUCGAAUUUCUCUCAAAACUGUACGAAGAACAACUGAGGAAAAUAAUUAUGGUCCAAGCGUGUGUUCGACGAUGGCUCGCGAAAAUGAGAUUUAAGAAGCAAAAAUGGCAAUUCGCUGUAUCAGUGGUCACAUUACAGCGUCAUAUUCGAGGAUGGUUGUCCCGAAAACACACGGGAGAAUUAUUGGCUCAAAAACGUGCGAAAGACGAAAAUGAAACGCUCGAUUUUAUGCUGAAUGAAGUGAAACGUAGAGCGCAAGAAAAUACGGAUAUAAAUAAUCGCGAGAAACAACGACAAAUACGUAAACAUUUAGAAAAGAACGACGCCGCGACUGCCAUACAAAGUCAUUUCCGAGGUUACACUAUUCGUAAACGAUUUGGAUACGAGCUGGAGGAGCGUUUUAAAAGGAUUUUGAACAAUUAUGACAACAUAUAUGAUGGUCAUAAGGCACUGUUGCGCGAAGGGCUAAAACAUGAAGAUGCAGCUCUUAUUGUUCAAAGAUGGUACAAAAAAGAAGAGAAACUAGUCAGAAAGAAACCAGCUGCGAAGGAUCCCGUACAUCCUAAGCUACGGCAAGCAGAUCUAAUUCAAUUUUCUCAAAAUGUACAUAUGAAGAACCAGGAGGUACAUAAAAAUCUCCGUCGCAACAAACCAGGUAUCAGAUUGAGCGAUAUCGAGGAGCCGCCACUCGAUUACGUUCGUCCUGAAGGAUUUAACAUGGUGCAGUCAAUAUUGCAGUAUCGCAGCGGAACGCAGCCGCAUGAGGAAGACAGUGUCAAGUAUUAUCAAGAUCUGAAGGAUGAAAUGAGCAGUGGUUCGGAAUUCGAAGACGACGAAGUUGGCUGGGACUUGCCGUUGAUACGGCUAGAGAAUGACCUUCACUCAUCGUCGAGGAGUCGAAGGGAUCAUAUUCUGGAGGUGAAUGCCGAGAGGAGGGACCGUACAGCUCAGAGCAAUUUCGUAGUGGCACCGGAGCAGCAUCUGUCAAACAUUUGGCACAAAGCCCUGAGACAUCCACCCGAUUUACGCGAAAACGAGAACUCCAAGAAAAGUGUCAGUACAAGGGUUAAUGACCUGCGUAGCAAGAACCUGCAAUCAUACACGAACGGGCAACGUGCAACCGGUUCUCCGCAUAUCCACGAUCCACCUGGCCUACGACUCACGAUCGACGAUCGAUAUAACACCGUAAACGUAAACGAACGGCAGAAUGUCUUCAAUGAACAGAAUCUCGUUAACGGUCACCAUAAUUCCGUCAACGAGUAUCACACAUCGAUCAAUGACACAUCGAUCAACAAUCCUCAGACUCCCUGUAAAAUAAAUAACGGUGUUGCAAAGAGUCAAAUAAAAAUUUUGAAUACUGAACAAACUGAGUUAAAUAACGGCUUGAUAAAUAAUAAAUCAGAAAAGACGUCAGAUCGAUCGAAUCAUAAGCAAAACGGCUAUCAUAUGAAAAAUAAUCAGAAUAACGUGGAUCAUAAGAACGGUAUCAACCGAUUAGCGAAUGGAAAAGCAACGAAUCAAGGACAACUGCAAAACGAUACUUUCAACAUCACGACUAAUCUCAGGCAACUUUUAAGGCCGACAGUGAUUGAGAAGCGUCAGGAAAGUGCCAAGACCGAGUAUGAUACGGAAGACAUUAACGGUCCUUACAAUUUUAGGCAAUUGCUAAGACCGACUGAAUACCUCCCGACGGAAUCUUUAAGGAAAAGGAAAGGAGGAAUCGUUUCCAACGGAGUGCCACUGCCAAAGGACAAGGUUCCGGAGAAACACGUUAAGAGAAGAGCGCCGUUGGCACCGACCCAGAAUAAAAUGGGAAAUGCAAAAAAGUAAUGUUACUUUGUAUAAAUAGCCAUUAUUCAAUAGAAAUAUCCGUUUCCAAGAAAUUUAAUUUGACGAUGGAUGAUUUUAUUUUUACGGAUAAUACCUGAUACAAAAGUCACAGUUAACUGUUGUAAAAUAUUGAAAAUUCUUAAUAGUUAAACGUGUAUAUCUUUUCUGUUGCUGUAUAUGUAUAAGUAAGUUAAAGUUCUAUAUCAUUGCCAUUUAUAUAAAAAAAUAAUCUG